AUGGAUUUCACAAAACCAGAAACUGUUUUAAAUCUACAAAAUAUUAGAGAUGAAUUAGUUAGAAUGGAAGAUUCGAUUAUCUUCAAAUUUAUUGAGAGGUCACAUUUUGCAACGUGCCCUUCAGUUUAUAAGGCAAACCAUCCGGGUUUAGAAAUACCAAAUUUCAAAGGGUCCUUUUUAGAUUGGGCCCUUUCAAAUCUCGAAAUUGCGCAUUCUCGAAUAAGAAGAUUUGAAUCUCCUGAUGAGACUCCCUUCUUUCCUGACAAGAUCCAGAAAUCAUUCUUGCCAAGCAUUAACUACCCACAAAUUUUGGCGCCUUAUGCUCCAGAAGUCAAUUACAACGAUAAGAUUAAAAAAGUUUAUAUUGAAAAAAUUAUACCAUUAAUUUCGAAAAAAGAUGGUGAUGAUAGAAAUAACUUCGGUUCUGUUGCCACUAGAGAUAUAGAAUGUUUGCAAAGCUUGAGUAGGAGAAUCCACUUUGGCAAGUUUGUCGCCGAAGCCAAGUUCCAAUCGGAUAUCCCAUUAUAUACAAAGCUGAUCAAAAGCAAGGAUGUUGAAGGGAUAAUGGAAAAUAUCACCAAUUCUGCUGUUGAGGAAAAAAUUCUAGAAAGACUGACCAAGAAGGCUGAAGUCUAUGGUGUGGACCCGACUAACAAAUCAGGUGAAAGAAGGAUCACUCCAGAAUAUUUGGUGAAAAUUUAUAAGGAAAUUGUUAUACCUAUUACUAAGGAAGUUGAGGUAGAAUACUUGCUGAGGAGGUUGGAAGAGUAA